CUCAUAUGAUCCAAGCAAUGCCACCAAAACCAUUAACAGUUUCCCUCAAUACAGCACAGUAGAUGUCUCUGGGAAAUUACCGACUCAACAGGAAUAUUGUCCACCAGGGCCUCAAUAUGGUCAAACAGGGUCUCAAUAUUAUCCACCGGGGCCAGAAUAUGGUCAACCAAAUGAACCAAUACCUCAAUAUUGCCAACCAGGGCCUCAAUAUGGUGAGAGAUAUACUUGUUAUCCAGCUGUGGGUCACAUUGUGGGCACAGAUCAGGUUGUCAUCACAACUCAACCAAUCAGGGCACAGAUGAUUGACAUAAAAAAUGCCCCGCCUGAUCUCCUUGUUUGGUCCAUACUCUCCACGUUCUUCUGUUGCUUUCCAAUCGGCAUCGGGGCCAUUGUGGCAUCUGUCCUAUCAAGGAGUUAUUUGCGAGAAGGGGAUAUGAGGAGAGCCCGAUGGAAUAGUAACUGUGCACGAAUCCUCAACCUAGUGGCCUUCAUCAUCGGACUUACACUUUAUUUUAUUACUGUAUUGCUCAAGUAUACAGUAAAUCAAGAAAAUAUAUACUCCGAUUCCUGAUAUUUGGCUACUUUAAGUCAGUCUGUCCUGAUAACUAAUAAACAUCUGAACAUUGCUCAAUGGAACUACAAACAGAACUUGCGAUGGGAUAAAUGGGAUGGGACUAUGUCAUAAUCCUCAACUUAGAGUGCUGAACGAAAAGGUAUUAUAUGGAUAACAAAUAGUGACUUUGACUGAUGACCUUAUGCCUUUUUCAACAAUGUACUUUGGUGUAAUGCUCCGAUUCUAGAUGAAAUACUGGAUAUUUAACAGGAAUCUGAGAUUAUAUACCAAUAUAACACGUCACCAUAGGAAGUUGGAAAUAGUAUUGUGUUGCCGUGAAUGAAUUCAUCUGUGUUGUCAUUCAGAAAUGAAAUCAGUUAUAAUUGAAAACACACAGAUGAAAGUUCAAUUUCUCAGCACAGCCUUGUUUUACCAAUAUAAAUCCAACACA